UAUGAAUCAUUUACUAAUAUACUAUUUUUAAACUUUGGAAUUUUACCAAAAAAUUAUAUAAACAGACUGAAAGAAAAUUUUCACCCAUAAAUUGUAAGAUGCAAGGAUCGUAAUCACAGGAGAUAUACAAAAUCAUAUGCAACUAUAUCUUGUGUGAAUAUAAAAGGAAUUUUUCGAAAUGACACAAUAUCAUAUGCAACUAUGGAGAGAUGCAACUCGCAAGUGAAAAUUUCAUGUCAGCUGUGUGAUGGAUCACAAAAUCUCAAAUGGCGUUGCAUAGACUGCAGGAUUACUAUUUGUGAUAGCUGCAGUGGAAUUCACUCCCGUAUUCCUUCCACUAAAGAGCAUAUGAUAGUGAAAUUUGGAGACAUUUCCACAUGUAAUAUGGAAUUACGAUUAGAGGAAGAAAUCAAGAAAAUGACUUGUAAGAAACAUAACAAAAGGACAUACACAUUCUUUUGCCGAUCAUGCAACUUUUUGAUUUGCACCGACUGCAUUUUUGAAAUCCACUCAAAAAAUCAUAACCUUGCAGAGAUUUCACAAUUUGUAAGUGAAAAUUUUUCAAAUAACACAAACACAUCUGAACAGGACACAAAACAAAAGUCGUUGACAGAUUCUGGAUAUGAGGAUCAAAUCUUUCACCAAUUGGAAAGUCAAGGUAGUUCAGACGAUACUUUUUGCAUGCUGAUGAAAGAUUUCGAAGUUGUUCACACUGUCAGCACAAAUUUACCAUCAAUCAAUAAAAUAAACAUAUCAAAUGAUGACGAAGCCUAUGUUUGCAGUAUUGACAGAAACAGUAUAGUGAAAUUAAAACUGAACACAACUGGAUUUUUUAACAAGAAGCUUAAGCAUUCUAAAUCAAAACAAGUGGAGCAAACUGAAGGCUUCCAGCCAAUUGAUAUAACAGUAAAUUCCAAUGGAGAUGUACUCUUUUUGUCAAGGUUUGAUAAAUGUCUUAAAUCGGUGACCAAAAAUUCUCAAGGGAAAAGACAAGUGUCUGACAUUCGUAGCUUUCAUCCUUUGGAACCAAUCUGUAUUCACUGCGAAAAAGACAGAAACGGAAAGAUCUGGAUAGGUCUUACCGAAGGUGAUUCUGACUUUGAACUUACGGAAAGCAGCAUUCGUCAAGUUGUGGCCAUAAAUCAGAAAGGAAAAUUGUGUAAUAAGUUGGAAUUUACAAAAGCACAAAGAAAACUCUUUACAUUGCCGUGGACAGUUAAAAACAUUAAAGACAAAGGAAUCUGCGUUAUUGACAGAGUCAGUCAAACUGCUGGAAGAGUUCUUUCCCUUGAUGAGGAAGGCCACUUGAUGUGGAUCUACACCGAUCUUCAUUCAAGUUUUAGUGAGGGCCCAUUCAAUCCAUCUGAUCUAGAGAUCACAAAUUCUCAAAACGUUAUUGUAGCAGACGCAUCGAACAAUGCAUUUCAUGUUCUAAACAAUUCUGGCGAUCUUAUCUUCCAUCAAUCCUCAACUCAUUUAGGAAUACAGAAGCCUUGUAGCUUGAACAUUGAUAAAACUGGGCAUUUAUGGGUAGGCUGUCUGUGUGAAGCCAACUCAAGAGACAGGGUUGGAAAGAUUUAUAAAAUCCAAAUUGCUGGAAUAUAGUGAUGUAGGUUCUGGCUAAAAUACAUUCAUUGGAAUUAACUAACCUGCUGAACUUAACAGUAUCUCUGUUAACUAUUUAUUCUAAUAUUGUACACAAUUUAAAAAAAAAUUAAAUUAUAUAUUAACAUUC